GCCACUGACAAUGAAGCCAUAGUAGCUAAAAACCAGUCAGGUGCCUGAGGUCGCCACACAUUGACACGAUGUUGAGAGAGCAACGUUUACCAAAAUAUCGGUCAGAUAGUCUUGUCUAUUCAAUUAUUUAUUCUUUAUUCAAGCGAUUCUGACGAUAAUCAUCGACAGAAAAUGGUUUCAUACGGGUAUGUCGAUCAUUUCUCUGUUAUACUCUCGAGCACUGUCUUGCUUUGCACAGUAUUGGCAUGCAGGAAUAUCUUAUAGUAACCGAUAUCUUUUGUAAUACUAUUGAAUUAAUGAGGUAUUAUUUUUAUAUCAUGUUUGUUUAUAGGUUUAUAUACGCAUUUCGUUUCGCAGCACUGUGGAUAAGUUUGAACAUUGGCGCGUGAGUAUUGCUCGAUAACGUUAAAGCACCAGUCGUUUUCAUAUCGCUCCAUCAGCAUCAAUGACAUGCCUCGUGCGACGUGAUCCAUGCUCUGAAAACGACUAUAUUCUUUUCUUUUAUGAUAUUUUUUACACGAUUUUGUAAAGCCAAGUGUUUGGUUUCAAGAAAACAACGCGAUGGGAAUAUAAACCCCCUGCAAUAUCACAUUUGGGACAUACGGGCAGCUCUGCGUUUUGCGCUUUCUCUCAUCGUUUCGCGCAUUUAGUAAUUAUGGGCAACUGGGGGAAACUCGAGAAAGUCGAGUGUUAAUAAUGAUGGACGCACCAUCUUAACGCACGGGCUCUUUAUUUACCCAUAACGCGCGCGCCGCGAUAGCGCCAAAAACCGGAGAUUUCCAGCGGUGCCUUAGAAAUGAAUGAUGAUGGAGGCAGACAACGAGAGCUGGGUUUCUCUCUCUGAAAACGGAAGCGCACAUUUGAAUGCCUCGAACCUGGGUUUCCUAAACGCGUCACCCCCCGUGGGUCCGUGGGGUGAUGCUCAGGAUAAAGAGGUGACACGACUGGAGGAGAUCCUGCACGCGCAGGAGACAGCAUACAAAAAUUUCACCAUUACCAUUCAAGCUUUCAUUCUGAUCGGCUCCCUGUUAGGCAAUGCAGCAGUGCUGUGGUGCACCUGCUACACCAAUGUUUUCAAGUCAGUCACAAAUCUUUUCAUCAAAAACCUGGCUUGUUCCGGCAUAUGUGCCGGGUUGGUGUGCGUGCCCUUCGACAUAGCUCUUAGUGCCAGCCCCCUGUGCUGCCUGUGGUUUCACACCCUGCUUCUCUGCAAGGCCGUCAAAUUCCUUCACAGGCUUUUCUGCUCUGUCACUGUGCUGAACUUCGCUGUCAUCGCUCUGGACAGGUACUACUGUGUGUUAUAUCCACUUGAGAGAAAGAUAUCAGAUGCCAAAUCUAGGGAUCUGGUCAUCUACAUAUGGGCACAUGCAGUCGUUGCCAGCGUUCCUGUAUUUGCCGUCAGCAGUGUGACUGAUAUCUACGCCACCUCCUCUUGUUCUGACAGCCAAACUCUGGGACAUCUGGUUUACAUGGUCACCUACAACAUCACCACACUUAUUUUACCACUAGCAGUGGUGUUUCUAGCCAUGGUCUUAAUUCGUCGCGCAUUGAGCACCAGCCAGAAGAAGAAAGUAAUUAUAGCUGCUUUGCGAACUCCUCAAAACAGCAUUUCAAUCCCGUAUGUGUCUCAGCGUGAGGCUGAACUCCAUGUCACUCUGUUGUCCAUCGUGCUUGUAUUUGCACUCUGUAGCGCCCCCUACGCUGCUCUGGUGGUAUAUCGUGCUGUGCUGGGAGCCGCAAAAGCCUCAUCUUGGUUACAGCUGACUGCACUGUGGCUGCCAAAGGUCUCUCUCCUCACCAACCCACUGUUUCUCCUAACAGUAAAUCGCUCCGUGCGCCGCUGUCUUCUCGACAUGCUAGCGCGUCUGCACCGUCGUUACAGUCGAAGGAACAUGGUCAGUGUCGGUGGGCUGGUUGAGGUGGGCGCACUUGGGGGUGAAACUGUAGCUCGCUCUGGAAGCCAGCUUCUGGAGAUGUUCAACAUCGGCCAACAGCAGAUUUUUAGACCAAAUGAGGAUGAAGAAGAUGAAAAUGAAAUUUCCUCAGUGGUCUCUGCCAACUUCCAACCCAAAGAUGAAGUACAGAGCGGAACCAGCAGGACGGGUGGGCCAGCCGGGGAGUUACGUAAACAGCAGUCUAUGGAUGGAGUUCGAGAGGAGGGUUUGACGUUACCAAAACAUUCCCCUAUUCAUUCUUGUGCCUACUCCUCUUCGCAGGUCGCCCCUGCGACACCCACAGAUCCGGACGAUACCACCCAGUUUGGGUUUGGGCCGUUUGAACUGCCUCCACAAUGGCUGCCUGAAACCAGGAACAGCAAGAAAAGACUACUGCCCCCUUUGGGUAACACGCCAGAGGAGCUGAUACAGACAAAGCAGCCCAGAGUGAAACCCGAAAGACGCAUCAGCAGAAACAAUAAAGUUAGUACCUUCCCUAAUGUUGACCCAUGAAACACACACAAUGGACAUGAUGAGGAUUUUAUGCGAACAAAUCAUGAAAGCCAAGAAUAAACACUGUCUCUGUUUUAUACUCCAAGUUAUUUUGAGAUAAUUUUUGUUAUUUUUGGCUACAGAUAAACAGUAGAGGAUAUUUACUUGCUUUUAUUACUUGGGGAUUAUUAACUCUUUCCCCGCCAUUGACAAGUUAUCUCAUUUUGAUAACCAUUCUGAAUCUGAUCUCAAACAAAAUUACUUUACAAAAAUGCAAUUAUUUCAGCUUUUUGCUCAAAAUUUGGUAUUUUUAAAGAAACCUAUCCUUAUUUGAGAGGUUAUAAAAAAAGAACAAAUGAAGAUAGGAUGAAAUGUUAUUUUCCCCGUUUUGUUUGUUUGUUUGAAAGCGGAGGUUCUGUUCUUUCAUUUGAUAUUUUUGUAUGUUUAUACAGUUCUGUGCGUGCAAAAGUCUUAGGCCACCAUGCCACAAUUAGAUUUGUUGUUUUUGCAAUGUUGUUGUGAUCAUGUAUGAUUAUUUCUCAGUCUCUUUUAUAUAAUACAUCCAGAAAAUACAGGAAAUGUGUAUAUAGUAUUAAAAACUGUAUAAAAUGUAAACUGAUAUGUCAAAUUUUUAGGGUAAAUUCCCCUUCCACUUGAGCAAUAGCAGGAAACUGCAGGAUCUCUUAAACCUUAAAAAAAUUAAAUCCUAAUUUUAAAGAAGUUAGUCUUUUUACUUUAUUCUGCUCAAAAAUGCUUAAGAUGUGUUUAAUGCCAAGAGAGGUCACACUUAACACCGACGAUGCCUAAGGAAGACAUUUUUUGUUGUUGUACAUAUUUCCUGUAUUUUCUGUUUGUAUCUUAAUAAAAUAGAUAAAAAAUAAAUAUGGAUGGACAUUAAAACUUCUAAAUCAACAAGUCUGGUGGUGGUGGCCUAACUGUGGGUUCACACCAGCCGCGUUUGAGGCGUCAAAAAUCUACCGCGUCUAUUUUGCCCCUUGAGCAGUUUUUAGUUUACUCGCUUUAUUCACGCGUGAAAGCCGCGCAUGAAAUUCUAGUCAUCGAGACAUUCACGUGGAAAUUCGCGUAAUGGGAGGGGCUUCUGCGACUCCGCUCGCUUCCUGUAAUCACGUCACUACUAAAGCAAGCUCCUGAUUGGUUAACUAAGGCGGAAUCGCGUCUACGCGCCGCGCUAAACGCCUCAUUCGCGCCGCGAGACCUCCAGACGCGCAUCAACUCGUCUUCACAUUGACUUAACAUUGAAAUCACUCGCGCUUGAUGCCUCUACCGCGGCUGGUGUGAACGCAGCAUAAUUUCACACACAAAUGAAGCAAGUAAACUCAAAAUGUUCAAGCGGCAAACUAGACGAGGUAAACGCGAAUUUGACGCCUCAAACGUGGCUGGUGUGGACCCACAGUAACUUUGGGUUCACACCAGCUGCAUUUGAGGCAUCAAAAUCGUGUGUACUGUGCCUAGUUUGCCGCUUGAACAGUUUGAGUUUACUCGCUUCAUUCGCGUGUGAAAUUCUAGUCACCGAGAUAUUCAUGUGGAAAUUCGCAUCAUGGGAGGGGCUUCUGCGACUCUGCUCGCUUCCUGUAAUCACGUAACUACUAGAGCAAGCUCCUGCUUGGAUAACGUGGCACGUUUUUCUGCCAAAGUUCAAAUUUUCUACCGCGCUGCGUUAAACGCCUUAUUUGCGCCGACAAGUCAACACGUCUUUACAUUGACUUAACAUUGAAAUCACUCGCGCUCGACGCCUCUACCGCGGCUGGUGUGAACGCACCAUAAGACUUGCACAGUACUGUAUAUUUAUAAGAACAUUUUCCUGGAAGGCAUUUUGUGAAACUUUUGUAAAAAAGGCUGGUGGGGAAUGAGUUAAUAGACUAGCAUAUAUUAAACUGACUGAAUAGGAAUCUUUCAUAGGAGAAACAAAGGCAUGAAUUGUAUAACAUUCAUUAUGUUGCAAUGGUUAAUAAAAUUAAUCAUGAAAUGAA